UCCGAGAAGAGCUCAUUUCUCCACGAACCAUGGUGGCUGCUGGUUGCAGUAGUUUGACUUACUUUCUCCACCACUAUCCUCCGCUUUCCUGAUUUAGAAAACAUGGAGAAAAGUUGUCCUAGUGGUAGAGUGACGCGUUCUUCCAUUUUAACAUCACGUAUCCCACUGCUUCUCAUCCUCCUCGCAGUUUUUGUGUCGACGGAAGGCCAUGUUUUUCGCGACAAGUAUCUCGACGAUGAGAGCCAAGAGUCAACAAUACCGUCACAGUUUGCAUACUACUCUUCGCCCCCGUCACAUUUUAGUGGUGAUUUCGAGCCACGCGUGGGUAAACCGUAUCAUCACCGCCGCGUCCGCAACCCGAAAGAUCGCGUGGUAAUUAUCAGUGGGGGUGGUGGUUCGGGUGGUGGGGAAAAUCUGGGAGAAAGUGACCUCGUCUGGGUGGGUGAGUGGGAGCAGGGCUUCACGCAUUACAAUGUCGGCGUCCUCCUCGUGUCUGGGACCGGGUCGAGUUUCGACCUCGAAAAAUGCGCCCCCGCUGUCGACAUGGCGCUUGAAACGGUGAAUGAAGUUUACCUCCGUCCUCACAAGAUUCGGCUGAAUAAAGUGCAAAACAGCUACCCAUCCUGCGACAACAACUUGACGCCCGGACUGGCUGCAGACAUGAGAUUCAAGUCCAACGUGAUUGCCUUCAUCGGACCGGCUUGCGGAUUCGCUUUGGAGCCUGUGGCUCGUCUGAGUGCGUACUGGAACAUACCCAUUGUUACAGGACUGGGAGAUCAGCCACCGUCGACGGAGAGCGAGGUUGCGGGUGACAAACUGAUGGGAGGACUUAAUAAGAAACUUAAAAUUAAUACAACGGGCGUAUUUGGCGACAAGACCGACUACCCAACCCUGACGAGACUCUCGUAUUGCCAAUGUCGCCUUAAACUCGUUUUCGACGCAAUUUGCAAAAAGUUCGAGUGGAAACAUUUGGCCGUCGUGUACUCUAAAAACGAUCUCUUCUCCUUCACCGUCGGCCGAAUUUUGAUCAACGGUUUGAAAGACGCGGACUACGAGGUGUACGGAAAGGACAUUGACGACACCCAUUUGCCCGACAUGGACGAAGCACUCAGCGAAAUUUCGGCCCACGCGAGAAUCGUGAUCUUGUCCUUGCAAGAAAACUUGGUGCGGGAGUUCAUGCUGAAAGCGCACGCGAGAGGGUACACGUCCGGAGAGUGGGCAUUCUUGGACGUCGAGUUGUUCAAGAACAAGCCAAGUGAGACGAACUUUUGGCAGAAGGGUGACGCCAACGACCUCGCGGCGAAGGAAUCGUACCGCGCCCUGCUGACGAUCUCCCUCCUCAUGCCGAAGUCCCCGACAUGGAGCAACUUUUCCCGCACGGUGAAACACAAGGCCCAACUGGCCUUCAACUCCACCUCGUACUCGGACGAUGAGGAGGUCAAUUUCUUCAUUGGAGCUUUUUACGACGGUGUCAUGCUGCUCGGAAUGGCGUUAAAUGAGACACUCACGGAGCACGGGGACAUGCUGGAUGGGAAACAUGUCACCCAGCGGAUGUGGAAUAGGUCGUUUGAAGGAAUCACUGGGAACGUAACAAUCGACGAGAACGGGGACCGUGACGGCGAGUUUUCAAUCCUUGACAUGAAUCCAACCACGGGAAGGUUUGAGGUAGUGGCACAUUUCGUGUCGCACAAAGGGCUCUCCGUCGUGGCGAACAGGCAUAUUCGAUGGCCCGGAGGAAAUGGACCACCUCCCGAUAUCCCGGAGUGCGGAUUUUCCGGAAAUGAUGAAAAGUGUAUCGCAGCUCGAGCCUCGUCCUUCUAUUUGCCCUACGUUGCAGGCAUAAUUGGAAUUUUCCUCAUGCUCAUAACCAUCGGUGUUCUCUACGUGUACAAACGAGUGAGGGAAGUUGAGGCGGCUUCGAGCACCAAGUGGAGAAUAGUCCCUGAAGAAAUCACCGUCGACAACAGUGGCGAAUCCAAGUCAGCCAGCAGACCGGCCACGGAGGAGAAGGAAAGUUCGCGAGGUUCCCUGUCCCUGGGGACGGGCGUCGGCGGACAGGUUACCUUCGUCCCUACGGCGAUCUAUAAAGGUGUUCAAGUUGCUCUCAGAAGAAUCACGCUCUUCAAACGGAUCGAGUUUACGAAGCAUAUCAUUUCCGAGAUCCGGCAGGUGCGGGAUUUACAGCAUGAAAAUGUAGCCCGUCUCGUUGGCAUAUGUCUGAGCUCGUCCGACUCGAAAAGCAUGUCGGAAAAGUAUGACCAAAUCCUCUUCCUCACCGAGUACUGUUCUCGAGGAUCGCUGAGAGACGUCCUGCUCAACGUGCACAUCCACUUGGACUGGCCCUUCAGACUCUCACUCAUUUCCGACAUUGUUCAUGGCAUGAACUUUCUCCACUCCAAUAUCGGUCCGCACGGGCGCCUUUCAUCCUCCAAAUGUCUCGUGGAUGCAAGAUUUGUCGUCAAAAUUACGGAUUUUAGUCUCCACACGAUCCUCAGCUUUCAAAAGUGUGAGCCCCUCGAUGCCGACAGAUAUUUAAAAAUGCUCUGGCUUUCUCCUGAACAUUUAGUGGCUACGAACAGCACGGAGCGCGUGUCCCUCAAGGGGGAUGUGUACAGCUUUGGGAUUAUUUUGUACGAGGUGGCCUUGAGAGCGUUGCCCUACUCCACCUUCCACUCCCUCAGUCCGGAAGAAAUUAUUGGCCAAGUAGCUGCCUCAUCCGACCCACCGUUCCGUCCCGAAAUCACGGAGGAAACGGGACCUGUUGAAGUUCGGAAUUUAAUGCAGAACUGUUGGGCACAAAGUCCGGACGACCGCCCAGAUUUCUCCUCGAUCAAAACCAUCCUUAAAAGAUUAAUGAAGGGAGCAGGCACCGUCAGUCUGGUGGACGACUUGUUACGCCGUCUCGAACAGCAUGCCCUCCACUUGGAAGUUCUCGUGGAAGAUAAGACCAGAGAAUUGGAACAGGAGAAACGGCGUUCGGAAGAUCUCCUCUACCAAGUCCUGCCACGACAAGUUGCGGAGCAGCUUUUGCGGGGAGAGACCGUUGUCCCCGAAUCGUUUGAUGCAGUCACUAUCUACUUCAGCGACAUUGUCGGAUUCACAUCCAUCUGUGCACAGUCGACGCCGAUACAGGUUGUUGAUUUUCUAAACAACUUGUACGGAACUUUUGACGGGAUUUUGGACGGUUUUGAUGCUUACAAGGUGGAAACUAUUGGGGACGCGUAUCUCGUCGUGUCUGGAGCCCCUCAACGAAACGGGGAUCUGCACGUGACGGAAAUUGCCUACUUGUCCUUGGCCGUGUUAGACGCCGUAAAAAACUUUGAGAUCGGACACUUGCCUGAUGAACAACUGCAAAUUAGGAUAGGAAUUCAUACAGGACCAAUUUGUGCCGGAGUUGUAGGACACCGGAUGCCACACUACUGCUUGUUUGGCGACACGGUGAAUACCUCGUCAAGAAUGGAAAGUUCUGGGGCACCUUUGAAAAUUCACGUCUCCAGUACGACUGCAGACGCUCUCGAGAAAGCGACAGGAUUUCAUCUCUCGCCCAGAGGAGAGGUCUUACUGAAAGGGAAAGGAGCCAUGAAAACGUACUGGUUGGACGGUUGUGACGACGACGGUCAGUGGCAACGGGCCCAAAAGAUGCACUCGUCCGGUUCCAAGGAGUCCAUUCAAACAAAGUGCAGUGUCAAUCACCACCAACCACCGCCUCCCCCACACCUCCAUUGUCACUCCCCGUCGACCAACUCGCCCCCAAUCUUCACCAUUUCAGUCACACCGGCCUCUGACGAAUAGUUGUGACAGAAAUAGCCCAUUCGUGAUGUCAAAUCGAGACCAAGUGGGCGGACGCGGAGGGACAAUGAGAUCACAAAUAACUUGAGACGUCAAUCUUUAGUAUUAUUAGGACUACUGUGACCCUACGAGCCACCUGUUGUCAAGUGACUAUGCCAUCCUUAGGAACGUGGUUGGAUGGAAGAGCCCUUUUUUUACCCCGUGGUGCUCCGAUGAAUGAAGGGUCACCCCAUGCCGAAAAAAAGGUGCAUUCAUUGCGUGCAGUGCAGUGCGUGGUGAAAUACGAAGUGUGAUGGUGUGCAACAUUCCGAGCCAAAUUGUACAAUUAUUAAAUGGUUAAAUUUAUAGUAUCCUCUUAUUUUUAUUGAUAUCUACAAAUGAACUCGCAUAUAAUGUGUACAUACAUAUGAUUGAUAGAGAUAUACAUGUGAAAUACUUAUUUAAACAACCCAAUGCUAUUUUGACAGUGAAACAUGAUUAAAGAAUUGUUGUAUUAAAGCGUAUUGAUACUAAUGAUCUAGUAUUGUUAAGUAAUUAAAUCUUACGAAAGGGGCAUCCAUCAUCACGAUGUAGUGCUAGCAAAAAGGUGAACCUCUAAGGCCCAGUUACUACAAAAAAUAGUAAGCUGGUCCAAAGAGGAACAAAUUCUCACUAGCUAGGUUGAUGACGACCGAAAGGAAAACUUAUCUGACUGGCAAGGGCUGGACUUGAAGGCGCGCAGGUCUCCAUCCUUGACGAUUGUAACGCCAGCAAGACCAUGAAAGGGUUGUGUUCAUUAUUGAAGGAAAUAAACACAACAGUCCCACGGUCUCGCAAGCGCCACGAGCGAGAUGAAAACUUGCUGAGAUUGGGCUGACUUCCUUCGACGAUUGUAGCGCCAGCAAGACAAUGAGACGGCGCAGCAGAUUAAUGAAGAGGAAAUUGGAAAUCUGCAGCACGGUCUCAUCGUCUCGCAAGCGCCAGGAGAUUGAAGGCGACAGGAAAACAAGGCGAUGAAGGAGGGAGCCGUCCGGUAGCGAGUUCUUAUCGGGAAAACACGACCCCCUCUAUCAGUCGAUUAUAAUUAACGACAGUGUUAAAGGGGGUCAUGCUUUCCAAAUAAGAAGGAAGAAGUUUCCAGUGGGAGGAGGCGUGAAAAGUUCCCAUCGUCGAACGGAGGACGACCUGAAAGUGAUUUGGCCAAAUGGACUGGACUCUGACUUUCGGUCGACGAGGUGUGGAGCCGAGUCGUGGAGGUGGAAUGAUCUGGAAGGAAAAGCACCACGCUGUCUUUGCUGACGAAGAAAAUUCUGGAAUAAUAUGAUGAAAAAUCUACGACGUGAUAAAAAUCAGUUCAAGUAGGUGCAUGAGUAGCACCGGCGGGCAGCCGGACACGAUAGGUGCUCACACCGCCCUGGCGGAGUUGGUCCGAAUUCUGGGUGGUCAGCAAUCACAUAAUGGGGGACCUCAGACACACGAAAAAAUCGUCGCUUAGAAUUUCGCUUCGUUUUUCGCUUACUUCCUGAUAAGCGAGCUCCCGGGUAAACGAACAGAAACUUCUCUCAGAAGUGGGGUUAAGGUCGGUUAGCUCCAGUCGGAACAAAAUUUUGCAAUUUUCAUCUUUUUGGUCAUACUAUCGAUAAGCGAAAAACGAAGCGAAAUUCUAAGCGACGAUUUUUUAGUGUGUCUGAGGUCCCCCAAUGCUUCACAUAAAAAAGGAAACAAUGAGAUUAUGCGUCUAUUCCAAAAUCAUGCUAUGAAUUUUCCACAUUUUCAUAAUCAUCUGAUUUUCAUAAUCUUCGUACAUCUUAAAAAAAAUAAUGGAUCAUGAUUAUAUGUAUGUUUAACAUUUUUUUAAACUUUAUUUCGCAUAAAAAACAAUUCUUAUUGAUACUAAUUAUACUUCAUAUGCUUAAUUUUGAAUGACUUUUUUUAUUUAUUUCCAAACUCACGACUAAAACAAUAAAACAAAAUUGUGUAUAUUUUUUUAGCAAGAAAAUAAAGAAUUUGGAUUUUGGCUUUCUGACUUUUUAAUUGAAUAAUUGAUUUAAUUAACCAAUAAAAAAAGUAAAUGUACAUACAAAUGCUGAACAUGGAUUUAUUUCAUGCAGAGCUGGCACCCAUGGCAGGCACACACAACAUCUCUGCGAACCACUACUCAUUCUGUUCAUGGUCCAUCGUAAGGUCUCACUUUGCCUCGUAUUUAUUAGCAAACGACUUUUAUUAAUGUUUCAAUAUCUUCACCCCCACCGGCCCCACCUCCGACAUUAUUAUAUCCCGGUCGUGUGAACACGGUCCAUCGCCAAUUAUAAU